AUGACAAAGAUUAUGCUUUGGCAGCUGAUGGUUUUGCAGUUGUGGCCCCAUCCAACGUGGAGCAAGGUGUACCCACGCCCCAUCACUAAAAGAACACCGCAGUUGAGGCGCUUGUGGGAAGGUAUGGAAUCUAACACGGGCACAAACUUUGGCGGGUGGCUGUUCAUAGUCCACCACGCGGGGGAACUGCCAAUCUGCGGAGCAUCCUACUACGCCCCAAUACUAAUGAUCGCCUCGGGGAACUGCAUCGGUCCCCAUCGCUACGAUCUGGAGGGGACGAGUGUCGAGCCCACGUUCACCGACGAGAAUAUCUAUGGAAUGAUCGACACGGUUUACACGCACCAAAAGUUCAUUCAGGGCAAGUUGUUCAUGGAUGUGGCGCUCCUCCGACUUCAGUAUCCCAUCAGGGGUCUGACCACCGAGUUCAUCAAGCUCUGCACCGUGUCUGUCAUGGCAGGGAUGAAAAUGACGGCCUACGCCUGGGGCUUUGACUCCAUGGACGUGUACAGGACAGGCCUGGACGCAAGGUCCGGAACCGUGAUCGUCCAGAGAACGAGAGAUUGCCUACGGAGGCUCAGGGACGCGCCCUUCAGACUCUCGAGCUCAAACUUCUGUGUGACCCUUUCGCGGGAUCCCAGGAAGUGUCUCUACGAUGGCGGAGCCCCACUCACCUUCGGCAACGAGCUCUGCGGCGUGGUCUCCUUCGGUCCACGUUGCAACAACCUCGAACAUCCAGGGGUCUACACGGACAUCAACAAGGUGUCUCCGUUUAUCCGCAGUAUUGAAAGGGAAAUGCAGCCAGGUUCAAGCCCCUCAGACGCCGGAGUGCGUAAGUGGUUGAAGUAA